GUCAGCAAUAAAAAUACACUUCCGGUGACGUGGCGCCACUGGAAAAGGGGAAGCCGUGGCAGGAAUGUUAGCUGCGGAAUCAGCUGGAGAGUGGAACAGCAGCGCUAGCCUGCAUCACUGAGCUGGAUGGCAGGGACACACUGGUGGAAGAACUUCAGGAAUCACAACAGGGUGCUCUCUGGAACUAGGGACAGAUGAAAUCAAGAGGCCCUAGGCCCAGCUGGGCGUUGGCUACACUGUUCACUGGUGCUGCCCUGCUGGUCAUCUCCUCCAGAGGGGUGUCCAGUGGGGAGAAGAUGUCCCAGGCAGCCAUGGCUCAUGCCACAGCCACAGCCGCUGGAUCAGGGCUUCCAGAUGAGUUCCUAGGCUUCCAGGCCUUAGCUGACUUCUUUGCAAGUGAACGUGCCGAUGUCUGGCUCUGCUCUCUGGUUGGGUCUGUUGCUGUAGGCCUCAGUGGAAUUUUCCCCCUUCUUGUUAUUCCUAUUGAAGCAGGAGCGGCCCUCGAGACAGCGGCUGGCUGUCGGAAGCUAAAGCAGCUCUUGAGCUUUGCCAUUGGUGGUCUCUUGGGUGACGUGUUCCUCCACCUGCUCCCGGAGGCUUGGGCACAUUCCCACUCCUGCAGCCCAGACGAGAGCCAGCUCCACUACAGGACCCAGGGCCUGUGGGUUAUCAUGGGCAUGCUGUCCUUCCUUCUCCUGGAGAAGAUGUUCCCAGAUGAGAACAGCCAGGAGGACUCCAUUGGUAACAGCCAGCAUGUCCCUGAGGAGGAGGAAGAUUGGCAUCCAUGUCUGGGCUCAUUCAUUGUAGCUAUUUAUAGAGAUGGGGAGGAAGCAGCUGCUACAUCUACUUCAGAGAGGCCAGAGGAGAGUGUUCAGGGGUGGAUAGUAAGACUCUGGACAUCCCAUAGCUCAGACUCCAGUAGUGAGACGUUGUCCCACAUCAAUGGGCACCAUUCUGAUACGUGGAGCUCGUCCUCCAAGACAAAGAGCAGCUUGCAUCAAGUUCCAAAGAAAAUAAAGACGAGUGGGUACCUGAACCUGCUGGCCAACUGCAUUGACAACUUCACCCAUGGCCUGGCUGUGGCAGGGAGCUUCCUGGUCAGCAGGAAGGUUGGGUGUCUCACCACCUUUGCCAUCCUGCUCCAUGAAAUCCCCCAUGAGGUGGGCGACUUUGCCAUCCUGCUGCGUGCAGGGUUUGACCGCUGGAGUGCCGCCCGCAUGCAGCUAUCCACAGCCCUGGGAGGGGUGCUGGGGGCCUGUUUCGCCCUGUGUGCCCAGUCUCCCAGAGGGACAGAAAAUGCAACAGCGUGGAUCUUACCAUUCUCCUCGGGAGGCUUCCUGUACAUAGCCCUGGUCAACGUGGUGCCUGACCUCCUGGAGGAGACCAGCCUCGGACACUCCCUGUUGCAGAUCCUGCUUCUGUGCUGUGGCAUUGCCGUCAUGGCCGUCUUGUCUGCCGUAGUGGAUUGAGCUCAAAAGACAAGCCUGCUUUAUCAAAAUAUAAAUGAAAACAUCACCGCAACAUUCACUGGACUGGGAAGCAAUCCCCCUUUAAAGUUAAGUCCUCAGAUUGCGUUCAAUCGCCCUUUUUAUUAUAUGGAACUUUUUUUAUAUACUCCACCUAGUGCCAAAACAUCCUAUCAACAUGGAAGCGAUCUGACAAUCAGAACGGCACCUUGAAUCAUGAUACCUGCUUUUUCUAUCAGGACUCUACACCAACUGUCCACCUUGUCUGCUGAUCUGACUACUGUCUGUGUGGACACUAAUGUGCCAAACCCAGACAGAGACAGACAUUUUGAAGUGGCAAGAGGGCUAAAGAAAGCUUAUUGAAGCUUUCAUGGAAGUAACUGGACUAUCUGAGAGCAUCAGACCAUAAUGGGCAGACACUCAGUCUCGUUCUGUUUUAUUGCACAAAUGCACAUACUCAAACAGGUCUUAUCAGACACAUAUGAGCAGCACAUGCAUACUGUAUAAACUUAAUCUCACAUGGCUUUACCAUACAAAAUGCAUACACAUUUCCUUACAUUCUUCAAAUGGUAUGCUCAUGUGCCGCUUUCUAUUUGUCUCUUUCAGGCUAAUUUAUAUUUAUUGCGUCUAAUUGGUUUCUGUAUCUGCUUGUACUGCUAAGUAUUUAUUGAAGUAUUUCAGAAAGUAACAUGGUGCAAUGUUUUUUCCAAGUUCUGUUGUGACUUCCAUCACGCACCAUUGCGUUUUGUGUAGGCUUAAUCUGUUACAUGCUCUUUUUGCUUGAAUAUACAUCAAUGUAUCUUUCAAUUGUAUACAAUGCUAAUUUGUUAAGACACUCAGACAGAUAUAUUUGGAACUCCUUAAUUAUAAUGAGAGCUUAAUGAAAAUAUGAUUUAGAAAUGUUACAAUAAUAUUAUGCAAAAUAUUUUUGUGGUCUUGAUUUUACUAUAUAGUGCUUUCAGAAAGUAUUCACACCCCUUGACUUUUUUCAUGUUUGUUACAAAGUGGGAUUGAAAACAUUUUUUAUAUUUUUUUAAAUCAGCAAUCUACAAUACUCACGUCAAAGUUUAAAAAUAAUUAUUGGAAAAUAAAUUGCUGUCUUGAUUAGAUAAGUAUCCUACCCCCCUGAGUCUGUUAAACACCUUGGGCAGUGAUUACAGCUCCGUCUCUGGGUAAGUCUAAGAGCUUUGCACACCUGGCUUAUACUACAGUUGCCCUUUUAAAAAAAAAAAAAUGUGUUACAAAAAUUCAAGUUGGUUGUUGUUCAUUGCUAGACAGCCAUUUUCAAUUCUUGCCAAAGAUUUUCAGUUCAAUUUAAGUCAAAUGAAACUAGGCCACUUGGGAGCAUUCAACGACGUCUUGGUAAGCAACUCGUGUAUAUUUGGCCUUGUGUUUUAAGGUAAUUGUCCUGCUGGAAGGUGAAUUUCUCUCCCAGUGUUGGAAAGCUGACAGAACCAAGUUUUCCUCUACGAUUUUGUCUGUGCUUAGCUCUAUUUCGUUUCUUUUUAACCUAAACAACCUAUUCCUUGCUGAUGACAAGUACAUGGAAUAUGAAGUGCUACACUGUGUUGUGUUAGCCCCAAACAAUGCUUUGUAUUCAAGACAAAAAGUUAUUUUCUUUGCCACAUUUUUUCCAGUAUUACUUUAGUGCCUUGUCUCAAACAGGAUGCAUGUUUUGGAAUAUUUGUAUUAUUUUCAGUCUGUCAGUAUUGUGGAGUAACUAAAGUACAAUGUUGUUCCAUCCUCCAUUAAACUCUGUUUUAAAAUCGCCAUUAGCCACAUGGUGAAAUCCCUGAGCGGUUUCCUUCCUCUCAGGCAACUGAGUUGGGAAUGGCGCCUGUAUCUUUGUCGUGACUGGGUGUAAUGAUACACCAUCCAAAGUGUUAACUGCAUCAUGUUCAAAGGGAUAUGUAAUGUCUGCCCCCCCCCCCUAUUACGCAGAGUCCGUGCAAUUUAUUUGACUUAAGUACAUGUUUACUCCUGAACUUAUUUAUGCUUGCCAUAAAAGGAUUGAGUACUUAAUGAGUCAAUACAUUUCAGAUUUUCAUUUUUAAAUCAUUUGUAAAGAUUUUUUUUCUUCCACUUUCACAUUAUGGGGUUGUGUGUGUUUACAUCAGUGACCCAAAACCUCAAUUUAAUAAAUGUUUAAUUUAAUAAAUGUUUAAUUUAGGAUGUAACAAAAUGUGGAAAAAGUGAAAGGGUGUAAAUACUUUCUAAUUGCACUGUAUUGACUCUUGGUAGUUGCAUGCUCACAAGUUACACUAAGUGAAUGCUAUGGAGAUUAUGCAUCAAUAUGUUAUACAAUAAAAUUCCACACUAAACAUA